UUCCGGCCUGAGAAAACGUCGCGUUUCUGAGGAGACACCUCGACUGGCAGUUACCACCGUGCUAGAAGCCUCCGGACCGGCCGCCUGCAUCACUAGCGUCACCAUGGGGGCCGUGCUGGGCGUCUUCUCCCUCGCCAGCUGGGUUCCCUGCCUUUGCAGCGGCGCAUCGUGCCUGCUGUGUAGUUGCUGCCCCAAUAGUAAGAAUUCCACGGUGACUCGCCUCAUCUAUGCUUUCAUUCUCUUCCUGGGCGCUGCUGUAUCCUGUAUCAUGCUGACAGAAGGGAUGGAAUCACAGCUGAAGAAGAUUCCUGGAUUCUGUGAAGGGGGGUUUAAAAUCAAUGUGGCUGAUAGAAAGGUGGAUAAAGAUUGUGAUGUUCUGGUCGGUUAUAAAGCUGUAUAUCGGAUCAACUUUGCCAUGGCCAUCUUUUUCUUUGUCUUCUCUCUGCUCAUGUUAAAAGUAAAAACAAGUAAAGAUCCCAGAGCAGCAGUACACAAUGGGUUUUGGUUCUUCAAAAUUGCUGCCAUUGUUGGUAUCAUGGUUGGCUCUUUCUACAUCCCUGGGGGCCAUUUCACCACAGCCUGGUUUAUUGUCGGCAUGGUAGGGGCCUUUUUGUUCAUCCUCAUCCAGCUAGUGCUGUUAGUCGACUUUGCUCACUCUUGGAAUGAAUCAUGGGUAAAUCGAAUGGAAGAAGGAAAUCCAAGGUGCUGGUAUGCUGCUUUGCUCUCUGUCACCAGCGUCUGCUACAUUCUGUCAGUUGUCUUUGUCGGCUUGCUCUACACAUACUACACCAGACCGGACGGCUGCACAGAGAACAAGUUCUUCAUCAGUAUUAACUUGGUCCUUUGCUUUGUGGUUUCUAUUAUAUCCAUCCAUCCAAAAAUUCAGGAACACCAGCCCCGGUCUGGUCUCCUGCAGUCCUCUCUCAUCACCCUCUACACCAUGUACCUCACCUGGUCAGCCAUGUCCAAUGAACCCGAUCGUUCCUGCAACCCUGGCCUGUGGAGCAUCGUUAAGCACAUGACUGCACCAACCUUGGCUCCUGGAAAUUCAACUGCUGUAGUCCCUACCCCUGCUCCACCCUCAAAGAGUGGGCAUUUUUUAGAUCUAGAGAAUUUUAUUGGGCUGACAGGCUUUGUUCUCUGCCUUUUGUAUUCUAGCAUCCGCACUUCCAACAAUAGCCAAGUAAGUAAGCUGACCUUGUCGGGAAGUGACAGCGUGAUCCUCCGUGAUACGGCUGCCAACGGUGGCAGUGAUGAAGAAGACGGACAGCCUCGGCGGGCUGUGGACAACGAGAAGGAAGGAGUGCAGUACAGCUACUUCUUAUUCCACUUCAUGCUCUCCUUGGCUUCCUUGUACAUCAUGAUGACCCUGACUGGCUGGUACAGCCCUGAUGCAGAGUUCCAGAGCAUGACCAGCAAGUGGCCAGCUGUGUGGGUCAAGAUCAGCUCCAGCUGGGUCUGCCUCCUCCUCUAUGUCUGGACCCUUGUGGCUCCACUUGUCCUCACCAAUCGUGACUUCAGCUGAGCCUCUGAGAAUUCAUAAAGGUCUGCUUUGCCGAAAGCCCGUAUCUGUUUUACUUUUGCUUCAACUAAAAUACUAAGUGAACACUUUGCAAAUGUGACUAUAUCCAAGUUUAUAUCAGAGAGCAAGAUUACGUAAUGCUUGAUGCAGGAUCUGAACUUUUCAUUUAUAUGUAUAUUACGUUUAUUUGUAAAGAUACAGCGCGAAGGGAACAUUUUGCGUUUUAAAGUGAACUACAGCUGUGCUGUGAAGAGAGUUCUUUAUUAAGAUCUGUAGGAUCCUACAACUUUGAUUUAAAAUGUAAGAAAAAUGUUGGUUAUUUGAGGCCAAUCGUUAAUAUAUUUCUAUUGCAGUCUCCUUAAAAAGCAAAAAACAAAACCCACCAUUUCUAUGACAGGUUUCCUCUGUGAGUCUUUAUUUGUGUGAUGCAAGCAAGCAGUGUGUUCAGCCCUUCAUCCCCCACGAGGUGUGGCAUUGGAGUUCUUGGGGGGAGGGGUGCGUGCCUCUGGCUCCUUCCCCAGACGGGCAGGGUGGCUGACCCGGCUAACUGCUUCUGCAGCUUGGGUUAGUUCAUUCGGUGGUGGACGCUAGAGCAGUGAUGCCUAAAGCAGCUCCAGCUUUGCCAGAAGUGUUCGUCUCCAUAGCGCUUUGUAGGUUUGGCGAAAAUGAAGUCACUUGGGAAAACAGUGCCACUUUAGUCUUUAUGUCAUUAUCUUGUUAUGAGUAUGUAAAAGUAAAAUGCAUGUGAAUUUAUUAUAUUUGCACUAUAAAGGUAUUUGAUUAAAAUAGAGACUUAAGCUUUUAAGGCCCUUUCUUUUACAGCUUUUAUGAGUUAGCAGCCAUCCUAUAAUUUUUAGACAUAUGUGGGCUGUCAGGUUUAUCAGGCAUCGAGCAGAAUGCGCCUGUCUCUUCUAAAACUUGAGGCCUGGCUAGUAAGUCAAGUCUUGAACUCAUCUAAAAAUUGUACUGAUAAUAUCUUUCCUGGGUAAGACACUUGUGUAGAUGAGACACAAGGCAGGCGCUGUCGGGCAACUUCUUCAGGAGAGGUAGCACACAGGGAGGUCGACUAGAACAGUUUGUUCUUUCAACACACAUUUACUGAGUGUCUGUUCUGUACCAGGCCCUGUCACAUUCGGGGAUCCAACGUUAAACAUGACAAGAUACCAGCUCUGCCAUCUUGGACUUAAGAGUUUAGAGGAGGGUGAAAAUGAGCUGCCAGGUGUACAGGCGCUGGGAUGAGUGCUUGUGAUUGAGGAAUUGCAGAGAACUCAGGGGAGUUGCCUGGGGUCAGGGUGAGGGGUGGUCCUGGUAGGGCUUCCUGGAAAAAGUGGAGUUGGAGGCCAGGAAUUGUUAGGAGUUAGCCGAGAGAGAAAUGGGGUAAAGGGCCGGCAUUGCUGCAGGGUAGACAAAACUUCAUGUUAAAGGAAGGGAGAUGCAGACUUGUUCAGGAAAGCUGGAAUGGGAAGAAGAGGGCAGGGACUGGGUCACAAAGGGCUUUGCAAACCACACUGAAGAGUUUGAGCCUUACGUUGAGAGCAGCAGGGAGCAUAUUCAUAGUGACAUGAACGAACGGUCUUCAGUCACUGCAGCUGACGCGCAGAGAGGCAUUUAGAGAAGAGACCAGGGCAGGCCAUACACCAUUUCAAACAGAGAAGUGAAAGUGAGGAUGGGGAGAAACUGACAGCUGAGAGCUACUUCGUAAUUAAAAUUUAAAAACUGGCAAUUGAUUAGCUCUCAGGCAGAGGCCGAUUCCUGAGUGCUGCUGGUUUCAUCACCUGAGUUGAUGGGGGUUCCAUUUAUAUGGGGAGAGACAGGGAGAGGAGCACAUUGUAUGGGAAGAAUGGGGUUGGUCCCUUAAGAAUGUCCAACAGCUAAGGACAUGGGCUUGGAAGUCAAGACUGGGUUUGUAUCCGCAUUGCUUUUUUUGUCUGUCAAACUGGUCGGCUAAUAUCUCUUGAGUACAUGACCUUGGGCAGAUGACUAUCUGUGUGACCAUCUGUCUGAGCCUCAGUGUUUUCCUCGUUUGAAUAAAAGAUAGUACCUAGUACGUAUUGUUUAAAGUUACUUUGCAAAGUGCUUAACCCGUUUUAAACACUGCUAAUCUCACUGUGGGCUAAAAUGAGAUUAGACAGUAUUCAAAGGUCAGAGAUGUUCAGCCACAGUCUGAUGGAGGCUAGAUUUGAGGUGUUCUUACAGAAUUAAACAGAUGGGACACAGAGGGGACAAUCUCAGUUGGGAUGGAGGUUGGCGGGGAUGGGGUAAGGAAGCAGGGCUUGAUAAGAAUCGUUGGAACCACUGUGUUUUAAACCAGUGCUUUAUGUCAAGGUACAGAGAUAAAAGUUACAAGGGAGGUGGGGGGGGCAAAUAGGGGAGGUUUAGCCCCUUACUUUGCCAGUGUAAAGCAGACACCCCACUUUCCUUAAUAGCAGGGUAGCCAGAUUAAGACCUUUAAAGGUCCUAAACUUCAGAAACAAUGAAGGUGUGCCAUCCCCCACCUUAUGUAAUGCAAAAUAAAACAAUACUAAAUUGUAAAAUAAGUGUAACAAAGUCCAAUAAAGUGUUUAUUUUUUCUCAUAA